AUGGGCAGCAGCGAGGUGCCUUUGCCUUUAUAUGAAAUCAAAGACACCCCCGUCGAGAACUUCCGCCCUCUGAGAGUCCGGGUCAUUGGAGCCGGGUAUUCGGGCAUCUAUCUGGGAAUCCGCAUCCCGCAACGGCUCCGCAACAUCGACUUCCAGAUCUACGAAAAGAACGAGGGCGUGGGCGGCACAUGGUGGGAGAAUCGAUAUCCAGGAUGUGCCUGUGAUAUUCCAUCCCACUCGUAUCAGUACACGUUUGAACCCAAUCCGCGCUGGUCGGGAUUCUACGCCCCCAGCCAGGAGAUCUGUCAAUAUCUGCAGAAUGUGGCGGACAAGUACGGCGUCCCGCGCUUUGUCAAGCUAAGCCACAAGGUGGUCGCAUGUGUCUGGGACGACUCUCGCAAGAAGUGGUAUGUUAAGACGGUCAGUGGAGAAACAGAAACCUUUGUCGAAGAGGCCGACAUUGUGAUUUCCUGCCGGGGAAGCUUGAAUGAUUUCGUCUGGCCUGAUAUUCCAGGCAUCGACUCUUUCAAAGGCGAAAAGAUGCACUCUGCAGCAUGGAACGAGAGCUAUGAUUUCCGCCACAAGAAGAUCGGCGUCAUUGGUGGCGGAUCCAGCUCUAUCCAGAUCGUGCCCGUUCUCCAGAAGAAAGAGGGCACUCAUGUGACGUGUUUCGUGCGAAACAAGGUCUGGAUAUCUGACAGAUUUGGCGACCAUGUCAUGCAGUCGCUAGGACUGGAUCCAACGAGACUGGAUUUCACAGAAGAAGAACGCAACGAGUUUGCGAUCAACGCCGACAAAUACCUGAAAUUCCGCAAGGCCAUCGAGGAAGAUGGGAACAUGGUGCACUACUCGACUCUGAUGGGGUCCGAAAUGCAGAACAUGUUCCUGGACAUGUUUGGCAAGGCCACUCGCGAGCGCCUGGCCAGCAAGCCGGCUCUGCUGGACUCCUUCCUUCCCGCCUUCGCCGUGGGCUGUCGACGCUUGACGCCGGGUCCGGGCUACCUGGAAGCCCUGGUGCAGGACAAUGUCGACUUUGUGCCGGACCGGAUCGAACGCGUGACCGCGACCGGGGUCCAGCUCCAAAACGGCCGACACAUCGAGCUCGACGUGUUGGCCUGCGCCACGGGGUUCAACACUUCAUCCAUCCCGCCGUUCCCCCUGAUCGGGAAGGGCGGCAAGACGUUGCAAGAGGAGUUCUCGCCUCAGCCACAGACGUAUCUCUCGGUGGCGGUGGCGAAUUUCCCCAACUUCUUCAUGAUGCUGGGACCCAACUCCGGCAUUGCCGCCGGCACGUUGACCAUUCUGCUCGAGGCCGAGGGAGACUACAUCGUCAAGUGUAUCCGCAAGCUCCAAAAGGAGGAUUACUUGACCAUGACGCCCAAACGGGCCCGCGUGGACGACUUCUCCGCCUACGUCGGCGAGUACUUCAAGAAGACGAUUUACAUGGACACGUGCAAAAGCUGGUACAAGUCCGCCGGCGGUAGCGGAGACCGCAUCACCGGCUUGUGGCCGGGGAGCAUUCUUCACGCCAUGGAGGUCCUUCGCGCCCCGAGGUGGGAGGAUUUCGAUUACGAGUCGCACGAGGACAACAGGCUGCGAUGGCUGGGCAACGGCUGGAGCGUCCACCUGUUGCCCGGAGGCGGGGAUCCUUCUUGGUACCUCAAUGCCGAGGAACUCGACGUGCCUCCGGAGAAGACGCCGGAGACGGAUCCCAAGUAUCACAAUAGGCCAUACUCGCAUUAG